AUGGUUAAAAUUCUCUUUAAAGUUGGUUUGGAACGAAGUUUUCAAGCUUCCAACUUGAGCCUGCCUCAAGCAGCCUAUGUCCGUCCCAUACCCGAGAUCAGUUACCCUGCAAAUUUGGGUAAGACUGUUCCCAUGCGUGUGGUCUCCAGCUUUGAACAGACACCCAAUCAAGCAGACAGACAGAGAUACAAGCAGACAGACAGAGAAACAAACAGACAAUCAAGCAGGCAGACAGAGAAACAAGCAGACAGACAGAGAAACAAGCAGACAAUCAAGCAGGCAGACAGAUACUCAGACAAUCAAGCAGGCAGACAGAGAUACUCAGACAAUCAAGCAGGCAGACAGAGACACUCAGACAAUCAAGCAGGCAGACAGAGACACUCAGACAAUCAAGCAGGCAGACAGAGACACAAGCAGACAAUCAAGCAGACAGACAGAGAAACAAGCAGACAGACAGAGAUACAAGCAGACAAUCAAGCAGGCAGACAGAGAUACAAGCAGACAAUCAAGCAGGCAGACAGAGAAACAAGCAGACAGACAGAGAUACAAGCAGACAAUCAAGCAGGCAGACAGAGAAACAAGCAGACAGACAGAGAUACAAGCAGACAAUCAAGCAGGCAGACAGAGAUACAAGCAGACAAUCAAGCAGGCAGACAGAGAAAAAAGCAGACAGACAGAAAAAUAAGCUGA